UAACUGAAAAUGAAAAUUCGGUAUUCAGUCAGUGGUCUGGUGUCCUGCUGCGGAUUUGAUCAGUUUCCUCAAAAUUAAUAAAGUACUCUUUAUUAUAAAGUCGCUUUUGUCUUGCGUUUCAUGAAGAAAGUGGACGCCUGGAAGGUCAGUGAUGGAAAACCCCUCCUAAAGAUCUUCCUCUCGUCCUAAAGAUCUGAAGUCAGACACUUUUUAAAAUCUGCCACUCGAUGAGCAAUGCUGAAGAGAUUGCCGAGAUUGGAGGAGAUGAUCGUGGUGAAGCUCGGGAGCUGGUGAGAAAUGAAGAUCUCAGAUCUCAGAGCUCAGUCUCAGCUUUCCUCUCGUUAAAAAUCCACCAACUCUGGGAUUCACGAAACCCUCCGAAUCGUUCAGAGCUGUUGAAGUUACACGCUCCUCAGCGUCACCACAGAAACGAUGCAGCUUGUUCAGAGGCUCUCAGUGUAGUCCUGAUGGAUAGCUGUACGAGGAGCAGCGCUGCUGCCGUGGAAGCGUUUAAUCACUCAGUAAAACGUCUCUGCCGUCGUUUAUCGUGUAAUUUGUUCAUUCUGCGCGGUUGAUUUUUCCUGUUAAAGCACUAUGAUGGCCAUUGAGGUAGCUUCAUCAUUAGUGACGCUGCAUGACGUGUGUUUUUGGCGCUCUCGGAUCCUCCAACUGGAACUAAUCUGGAAUAAUCUGAAGCUCUGAGACUGACACACCAGUCAGAGCAGAUCAUCCUCCAGCUGAAGCACUGAGUUAUUGUAAAGUCUAGCAUGAUUAACGUGGAAAGCGUAAUCAGCUCCGUCUAACCGUGCGGGCACUGAUCGCUUUUUCUCCAUCAUAUAACCAGUUCCUUUACUUCCGCUAAUCCCCGUGCUGUAGAACGCAACAUCGGUCUUCAGGUCACACGUCUUGAUCUUGUCAUGCGCUGGGUUAAACGUUUGUUCCGUCCUGACUCGAUCUUCAGCAUUAGGAACUCUAUAUAGAUUCUUAGAUCAGUGAGUCUGAACCACAGGAUUGUGUUGAUUUGUCAAAAUAAUGCAAACCAAUCUGUAACUAUUUCACAUUUUUUGUAGCUUGCAGUAAGAUUUAUCCGUAUCUUGCAGGUUUAGUGCACACCUGUUAUGUUUUACGUAACAAACGUACAAAUGGCCAUUCCAUCCUCUCCAUCUUCAUUUCUGCCCUGCUGUUGCCUUUAAACAGAGAGUUUUGAAGUACUGAAGUUUACGCUGAAGUCUGUUUGCUAAAUGAGAUGCUCAGGUGGAAGAGAUUACCAAAGUAACGCGAUGCAGUAAAGCUAUUUUAUUGUUAGCUUUGUAUUCCGUGCAUUAUAUAAUCAUUUCUUUGUAGAAGUUGAGUUAUAGUUUAAAGGAAUUUGAGUUCGUGGUCUUGAUUUAAACCACAUUUUUCAUGUUAUUGCAGAAUUAUAAAAUAAUUAGGUUCCCCUUUGAGCCGUUCGUCUCGUCUGAAUUCGGAAAUCGCUCGUUCCUGGGAGAAUUUACACUAAACAUUAAAAACGACCUGCGGUCAGUGUUUACGCCAUCACACUCAACAUGUCGUAAACCGCUAACUAGCUGAGCCGAGUUUCUGCCGUAGCUCAGUGUUGUGUAGCUGCAUCGUCUCCGCUACGUCUGCGCUGCAUUUCUCAUUAACACAAUGUUGAGUGUAACAGGACAUUGAGUUUCGAGAAAAGAAGCUCUUGCUCAUUUUGUUCAUAGGAGCUAACUGCAGAUUUUUUCUCAUGUUAAACUCCAUUGGAGCUCCACUAACAAUAAUAAUAACAAUAACAAUAACAAAAUGUCCGCCGGUGAGACACACCCGCUAACGUCUCACAGGAGUAACAAAAAUACAACACCAACAAAUUAGUGCCAGAAUUAUUAAACACAUCACAAACUUUCACUAUGAACAUAUUUAAUGCGUUUCAGUGAAGUUUAACUUUAAUGUGCUUUGGAUAAAUAAUUAAACUGCUGCUGCUGAACAGUGUUACAGGCUUUAAAGGUGCAAUAGGUUUUUUAUUCCUGUCUUGUACAAACCUGGAGGAUAUGUAAAACAUGAUUACAAAAACAAUGGGUUACGCCGUGGCCUUAGCAAAACUCGCUGAGAAACCCCAUUUGUGUUUGUGUUUGGAUUGUGUUUCCUGUCAGUCAUUUUACAGACACUAUACAGGCCACCUGGGAUCCUGGGGCGGGGCUUCGUGAACAUGGGCGGGAAUCAUUCAGACGUCGAAUCCUCCUAACUGUUAGAGACCUAAUGUUAAAAAAAAGGACUAAUCUAACCUAAUGCAGCUCGAAGUAUUUGCCAUUUUUUUCCAAACAAGUAUCUGAAUACUUCUCACAAAACAGUAAUAUUUACUUUUCAUUAUUAGCCAACAGUUUAAGUCCUGCAGUUCAGAGUUCCCAAGAGCUAAACGUUAAACUCCUGAAACCAUGAGCAAUAAUCCAGAAAAGCUUUACGCAGAACCUGGAGAGAGAGAGAGAGACGGCGUGUUCCCAUUUCUCUCUCUCUCUCUCUCUCUCUCUCUCUCUCGCUCUUAAUCUCCACCCUGCUGCUGCUGCUGUGUGAUGAGUUUUUCAUGAAGUCAACAUCAAAAGCGUGGAAGCACCCACUCUCUUUCCCAGUCUGAAUGCGCGUGUGUGUGUGUGUGUGUGUGUGUGUGAGAUGGAGAACAGGAGCGAGCCAGCUUGUGAUCUCUGGCGUGUGGGUGGAAGUUGUGCUGAGUUCUGAGAUCCAUUUGUUGGUGUUGAAUCCACCGACACGCUGUCCGUCUGGUGAGAGACGCCCAAAAAACCAGAAACCCCGCCCCCUUUUCAACCAAUUCAGAGUUAUUAUUUUUAUAAUUAUUACUUAUUACUAAUUCCACUUUAUUGGUUCACAUGAGCAGUGUGUAUGGUCCAUCCAUGCCCUUCGCUGUGUGUGUGUGUGUGUGUGUGUGUGUGUGUGUGUGUGUGUAAAUGUUCUUCCCACUGCUCAGUCACCCUUCAAAGUAGAUUUUCUGCGCACGAAGUCCGUAAGCAGAAGUGCGCUAAAGCAUUAAGCGGUCCGCCUCGGGAAAGAACGCCUGUCAACAUGCCAGGAUCACAGAUUCUGCUCUCUCUCUGUGUGUCUCUCACACACGCACACACACACACUGCUCGGGGAUAUUAAAGACAUGCAACUUGCCAAGUCAGCAUGAAGUCAUCUGCAUAUUGAAAUUAUACUAAGUGCUAAGAAGGCUCGAUGUUUGCGUCAUCAGAAAUUCUUUUUAAAGCAUAAUUCCUGAAGUCUGGGCUUCUUUCUUGCUGCUAAAUCGGUUAAUGAAACCCAGCUGGUCCUGCAUUAGAUUAGCUUAUGUAGUCAAAUGAGAAAAACAUUUUACCAUGCCAACUUCUGACUAUAAAGUAAACCUGUGUUAUGAUGUCUGGCAUGGCGCGCUGGCAUUGUUGUCUCGGUGAAUAAUCACACGACAGCGUUUCAGAGUCUGAAACCAAACAGUCUGUAGUGCACAAAAGGACAUCAUCCUGGGUUUUUUUUCCUCUCGAGCUUGUGCUACACUUACAAUCACGUCGCGCACCCACGCUCCCGUUCGCAAAAAAAAAAAAAAAAAAAAACUUCCCCAGGCUGGCUCUUGUUGCCUAGGCAACGCAUAAGCAUUCCGUCAAAGUCGUUCCCGGAUCCCCCGCUAAUUUUCCUGCUAACGAAUUAGAGAAUCGAUACAGACAGCAGAACACACUCCACUAAAAAACCUUUCUCAGUCCAGGAGAUGAGUGUAGGGGGUGAGAAAGCGACAGAGAAAGAGAUGAAGCAAGGCGAGGAGGGAUAGAUGAUGCAGAAUAAAUAAAGAAGGAAUAAAAAAAAGUUCAAUCAACAGUGUGACGACUGUUAGGACGUAUGGAUUCAUAGACACGGACGAAUCUCUUUUCCCCAGCGUCGUGUAAGUGAGGACCCUUCCGAUAAAUCAGUGGACUGCUCAUUUUACUCCGGAGGAAAGGAAAGAGGCGGAAAGAGUGGAGUGUAGAAAUUCUCCAACAAACGUAACAACACUGUCGAAGAGUUCAUUCUGACUUCCUCCAAGGACAAAUAUGGCUGCGCUCUAACCCUUCCUUCACACUAGCAAGUGACAAGUCGCUUGGAAUUUGUCUGCUGUCUGUGAUUUGUCAGUUGUCUCUAGUUCCCGUGCUAAACACUAGCAGCUAUAUCCAACUUCAUAAUUAAAUCAUUACACAAAUUAAAUAGUUGUUUGAUUUCCAUGCUGUUACGUGCUUGGCUUUGUUCUAGCUUCGUUCUCAGAUUAGAUUAGCAAAGCGAGCUAACGCUACUAGCCACGCACACUCGCCAGAGGCACCGACCAUCUCCUCCCAAGCUUCUUCAUGAUGUCUUUAUACACGUUUAAUGAGAGGUUGUGUGAGAAAUGAUGGGUUAAGGUGAGACCACACUCAUAAGGGUUUUUUGUAUUUGCAUUAUUUUUGCAGGAACUAAUUGCAGGUAGGAACUAAAGUUGUGAGUGGGGAACUGAAGAAACGUCGGCCCACACGCGCCAUAGGUUCGGUCCAAGGAAUCAUUUGAGCCAAUCAUUUCUGUUUGUUGUUUUAUACCGUUGUCGCAUCAUACCUCUUUUGCAUAGACUGGAGGAAAUCUCAUUUCAAAUGUCGCUGUCACUGGAAACUUGGCUCUGCGCCGUGCAUGUACGUAGAAAAUGAACAGUCGCCUCUCGCUUUGUCGCUCGCUAGUGGGAACGUAGGGUUCGAAUUUCGCAGGUUGAACUGAGACAGCCACAGGGAUCAGCGUUACGGCGGAAAAUAUUGGCAGCAGUUAUUUGAGUGACGGUGUAGUUGUGUGGGAUGGAGAUGGAGAUGGAAAAGCGAUGCUGUUUGUAUAUUUUUCAUGACCCUGAGGGUUUUUAUGAGCGCUGUCACUGCCAAUUCAGACAACAAGGCUGAGCUUUCAGCACACCGGAUGAUUACAUAAGAGGCUCGGUCAGUUCGUGAUGGGCUCUGUACACACUGGGCUGCAGUAAUAUGCACCGUACGGUCAGUUGUGUCGGAGAUGUUUACUGUCACUACAAGGGAAAUGAUCAUGGUGUUGACAUUGGCAUUCGAGGCAUAUGUGACGUGUUACUUGGCAGAGUUUGUGGAAAAUAGUGGAGACUUGCUGGAUUUGACUGUUAUUGUACAGUGGUCAAAGAUCUCAUGACUCAAAAAGAGUGGAGCCAAGGCCUAUUGAGGAUAAGGAGUGGGCAAUAUGGCAAAAAUAUCAUAUCACGAUACUUGAUGCCUAAUCAGUUGCUUCUAAUCAGAGCAUCUGACUGUUGUGUAUUGUGACAAUUUAUCACAACGUCAUUAUUAUAACGUCAGAUAAGGUUGUUUUUAGCAUAUGUCUUAUGCUGUUGUUAUAUCAGGUUGGGACUUUUAAUAAAACCUGUAUGUUUUAUACCCUAGUCUUCCAGUCUUGAAAAUAAAUUCAGUAAAAUGGUGGUCUCCAAAGAUGAAGGAAGGUUGGGAAUUGGUGUUGAAGCUAAGCCUGAGAUCAAAUUGAUGCGAAAAUAUUUAUAUUUAAUUCAACAGUAUUCCUCUCACUCCUCCCACAUCUGUACAUCUGUACAUACGAGUAGCAUGAUGGGAUAUUUUCUCGACUGGGAAGUCAGUAAAAUGCGACAAUAUUAAGUUAAUGAUAUAUUCGGUAUAUUUGGAGAUACCAUCCUGAUUCAUUGGUCUUUGUGUGCUCAGCUGUUUCAUUCACAUCGCCAGGCUUGUCAUUUCCUGUUCAUGACUGGUUGCUAUAUUUGUAGAAUCAUGAUCUAGUAUUUAUAGAAGAGAAAGAGAGCUACGGAAAUAAUGGCCUGCAUUAUAAAUGUGUGUAUUUCUGCUGUUUCCUGCUGCUUUAAUGCAAUGUCUAAUUAAGCAGUAACACCGUGCCUUUUUCUGUGGCAGAAACCACAACAAAAACAUGCACGAUUUUUCAUGAAUGUAGUUUUUUGUCUUGGUUUAAUCAGAGGGUUUAAUUCGCAGCACAGCUGGCAUAAUUCCUGCCAAGAUGGAGGUGGUUGAGUCUAUCUGCUAAACCCUUUUCCUAAAGGCCUGUGUGUUGUCGUAGCGAUGAUUGCGACUGGGGGCGUGAUCACGGGCCUUGCAGCCCUGAAGAGGCAGGACUCUGCCCGCUCCCAGCAUCACCUGCCCAUCCAGUCCCCUGUCCCUCCUCCUGAGAAGAAACGUCUGAAAAGAAAACCCCGCACGGAUAUCGUCGUGGUGCGUGGAAAAAUCCGCCUGUAUUCCGCCUCUGGUUUCUUUCUAGUCCUUGGAGUCCUGAUUUUGAUGGUUGGUAUUGCCAUGGCUGUAAUGGGGUACUGGCCUCACAAGGACCACCAGAGGACACCCGAGAGCAAACACUCGGGGAACGACACGCAGGCGGCAGCGGCGCAGGAGCAGGUGGGAAAGGUGGCGCAGUUCUUUGAGCAGCACUUGCACUCAGAGAAAAUGAAGAUGCUCGGACCAUUUACGAUGGGCAUUGGGAUAUUUAUCUUCAUCUGCGCAAACGCUAUCUUACACGAGAACAGGGACCGAGAAACAAAGGUCAUCCAUAUGAGGGACAUGUACUCAACUGUCAUAGACAUCCACAGCCUGAGAUUACAAGAGCAGAAGUGUAUGAACGGGGCCUACACAGGUCCCUAUGUUGACCACGAGAUCCGCUCUUUUGGUCAGGACAGUCAGUACACCUCGCGGCUAGCCGCUAACACACUGCUGACAUUCUCCGGACUGGGCGGUGAUGUACGACUGUCCCGCCGCACGAGCUCAGCUGAAGAUGAGGAAGGUCUAAUGAGCGAAGUAGGCUCGAGCUUGUUGUCGCCUGGAUAUAGGGAACAUUCCGGAUCGAUAUUCGGGUUCCAACCAGAAGGGAUGCGUCACUGGGAAGACAAGCGUAAUGAUCUGAAGAAGUGCCAGACGCGCUCCAUUGUAUCAUCCUCCAUUAGCGCCUUCACGCUUCCUGUCAUCAAACUCAACAACUGCGUGAUCGACGAGCCUGACAUUGACAACAUAACUGAGGACUCUGAGCAGCUACGAGACAGAUCAAGACCUUCAUCCAUGGAUUCCUUAACCGUACCUAUUCCAGAUAUCUCGAAAGCCUUCAAGCCUCCCAGUACAACGUUGCUCCGGAGUAACUCUACAGUUACAGAAUCCCCUGCGUAUGCAUCAGCAUCUGCUUCACCGUCCUCCCUGUCCCCUGGAUCCACCAGUAGCCGAUUCCUGUCUCCUGGAGCAGACCGGAAAGACUUUGGCUCUAACAAUUCUCUCCACAUGCUGUCGGCUCACUCCAAGUCUCUGGACCUGGAACGAGGUCCCACCAUGCUGACCGUACAACCGGAGCAGCGCAAGCACCCCAGCUGGCCCAGGCUGGAUCGCAGCAACAGCAAAGGCUACACCAAACUGGAGAACAAAGAAGACCCGAUGGACAGGCUGCUGGUGCCCCCAGUGGCUGUUAAGCGGGAUUACACCAAAAAAGAGAAACUACUCAUGAUCUCAAGGUCACACAACAAUCUGAGUUUUGAGCAUGAUGAGUUUAUGAGCAGCACUCUGAAAAGAGGGACGUCUGAGACCAGAUUUUAAGGGACACCUCGUGCACACAUCCUCAUCCCUCUGCAAUAUAUAUGUAAAGACUUUUUGUUGUUUUGCCAUUGUUGAAGUGGUUGUGAAUUUCAGAAACACAAGUCCCAUGGACUGCAAGCUCAGGUGGAUAUUCUGAUAGACAGAGCAUUUCUAAAACAAAGCGUGUGGAUUUUUAACCCCGGAAACAAGAACUCACAGGUGAACCACUGUAAAUAGACCGUGAUGUAAUAGCUGUGUCAUUUGUUAAAUUUGUUAAAUGCAUUUUAGUACGUUUCUGUACUUGAUAAACGUUGAUACAGGACCUGUUGUUAGUUGUGUGUAGAGAGUGUGUGCAUUGUUGUACCAGAGAUGGACAAUUAUUUUGCUAUGAGGUUUUAAAUAAUUUAUUGUUCAAAAACAACAACAAAAAACACACAUGGCUAUUUUUGAACAAGAGUCUUCAAUGUAUUAUUUAUCUGUUUCUCAGAAUAAAAGUAAACUUUUCACACAA